AUGGAUCGGAAGCGCCCUGUACGCCCAGAUAUUACGAUUGCCACCCUGGGAGCAGUGACUGGCUUCGCGUCUGCAACGCACAAGGCGAAUGGGAUCUAUCCGCAUUUUGUGGUAGUGACAAAGGUUAUACCUGCUGCAAAGGGCCAGACGGGGCCGUAUCCAGCCCCAACCACAGGUGUGACUGCCGUGAUCAGUCCGCAAGGCUGA